GUAGGGACGUCUUAUUUGACAUAUUUCACAGAAGAUCUGACACUUUAAUAUAGGCAGGUACAUUUUGUAUUUUACUAGACAAGAAUAUCUGCAAUGGAUUUUAGAGCAUUUACACAAACGCAUGUAUAUGAAAAGCAAUCAGCCCCAAAAGAAAAGGACAAAUCCAGCAUCCAGUGCCUUGAGUGCUAUGACCGAAAUGUGUAUAUUGGUACCAAAGAUGCAACAGUCCAGCAUCUCAUGCUUCCCAGUAGCACAAAUGGAGACCAGAGUCCUGGCCAGAGCAAAACUAGAGAAGGUAGGACAAGAAAACUUGGCUCAAACAACCCAAUAACCCAACUGAGGGUAGUUCCACUUUUCAACCAUCUGCUGGUUCUGUGGGACCGCAGCGUUACUGCCCUCAACAUGUUCUCCCUAGAGCCCGUUCCAGGCCUAAAGAAGAUCCAGCAUGUGUCUUUGUUUGAGGUGAGCGACUCAUUGCUCGCAGCCCAGGUAGCAUGUGUCGAGAUGGUGACUUCCUCCAGCCGCAGGAAGGUGAUCCGGAUCCACGUGGUGGGAGUGGACAGGUGGGACGUCGUAAAGGAAGUCCCUCUGCUCCACGACCCUGUGGCCUUAGCAGUAGAUGGUGCCAGUGUGUGUGUAGCUACCAGCGACAGGUAUCUCCUCUGUGAUAUUCGGACUGGGAGCAGCGAGGAGCUUUUCCCUCACAGUCACAGCAGGCAGCGUGUCUUCGUUAUCUCUGUGGGACGAGGGGAAUUCCUCCUGAACGGGCCUGAAUCUUUGGGCAUGUUUGUGAUGAAGACAGGGAUAUGCCAGCGCCCUCCCCUUCAGUGGCCUCAGGAGGUGCUGGCAGCCAGAGUGUGUUUCCCUUACAUCCUAACCCUGCAGCCCCAAGUUCUGUCAGUCUACAGCAUGGUUGAUCAGCAGCGCAAACAGACAGUGAGUCUCAGCGGAGCAAAGGGUCUGCUUUCCACAUCAGAUGGUGUGUUAGUGUUCACAGAGAGAGACAUUUUCAGCCUGCGCCUGGUGCCAAUGGAAGAGCAGAUCCAGGCACUUGUCAGGCACGAGAGGGUCGAGGAGGCCUUGUUGCUGCUGGAUGGAGUUCAAGGCCGUCGUCCACUUGACUCUUACAAGGAGCUGCAGAAUGCCAUCACUUGCCUGGCUGGAUUUGUUCAUUUUUGCCAGGAGGGUUUUUCGGAGGCCAAAGAUCUAUUCAUCACAGGUGAGCUCGACCCUAGAGAAAUCAUCCGCCUCUACCCUGACAUGCAGUCGUGUCUCAGCGAGGACUUUCAAUCCCAGCUUGAUCAAGUGAACAAGGGAAGAGAUCUCCAGGUGCUCUGCCAGGAAGACAGGAACACAUUUCAUCAUUACCUGGCCUUCCUGGGAGAUUUUCUCAGAGCAGUUAAGGGGACGGAGCAAGGACUGAAGUGCAGUACGGAGGUGGACUGCGCCCUCCUGAGGCUGUAUGUGGAACUGGGAGACACUGAAAAUCUGCAGCAGCUUGUGGCAUUUCCCAAUGAGUGCAGGCUGGACCAUUGUGUUCCUGUUUUGGAGCAACACAACAGAUUGUUUGCAUUAGGGUCCCUCUAUCAAUGCCAUGGGAAUCUAUUGGAUGCAAUUAAGACUUGGGUGAAAAUUGCAGAUGGCUUCCACAAAGACCCUUCUUGCUCAGAUGUAUAUGGACACAUAGUGUGGACUCUCAGUCAACUGCAAGAUGAAGAUGCUGUGUGGAAAUUUGCAGACUGGACUCUUCAAAAAAACCAGGAGAUAGGUGUGCAGAUUUUCAUCAAGCGUCCACCAGAUGAUCGAUUUGAGACACAAGACGUCCUUGCCCUCUUGGAGAAGUACCCACAGGCGUUGCUUUUGUAUCUUGAGUUCCUAAUCUAUGAUUUGAACAGUGAGGAGGAGAGACAUCACACCUGUCUGGCCCUGGCAUAUGUUACUCAGAUGCUGCGAAAUGAAGAGGAAGCAGAUUUGAGGAAGACCAGAGGGAAGUUGCAGCAGCUGCUCUGGGAAUCCAAAUUCUAUGACGUCUCCACUGUAUAUGAGAGAGUCAAGUCAGCAAACCUGCACAUGGAGAAAGCCAUUCUCCUCGGUCGGGCUGGUGAACACUCUCAGGCACUGCAGGUGCUUGUUCACCAGGAAGUAGACUUCCAGGCUGCAGAGGCCUACUGCUGCAGGGCUGCCCAAGGUCGGGACUCACAGUUCAGGCAGACCCUGUUGCUCACUCUGCUCCAAAUCUACCUGAGCUCAGAGGAACUCACCAGCGCUGCCGUGGAUCUGCUCAACAACAACCCUCGGGUAUUUGCGGCAGAGAAGAUCAUCCAGCUCCUGCCUGAUUCCUGGUCUAUUCAACUGGUUUCCCAGUUCUUAGUCGGGUCCCUCAGAGAGACCUUCCACCAGAGGCGAAUGUCGAGGCUGCAAAAAGCUCUGGGUCAGGUGGAGCUCAUGCGGCACAAGGUCAUUUGGAUGCAGGCCUCAAAAACAACCUUCAGACUGGACAGAGGGAAGAAGUGUAAGGUUUGUCAGCGAGACCUUGCAGAGCCACAGUUUGCCUGUAACCUCCACGGUGACCUGAUGCACACAAGCUGCACCGGCUUUUCAUCACCGUAAAGACACAGAUAUAGCAAUCUAUCGUCUGCUUAUGCAAGUAAGUGCAUAUCUGCACUCUUGGGAAUCACAUUCAUCUCUAGCUGGAUAAUUAUCUGCCUCCUACCCGAUCAUUUUUCUAGAUUACACUGUCAUCUGUACAAACUCUGUACAAGGAUUCAAUUCAUGGACCUUAGACCAGGCACUUUCUCUGAUAAGAAAAAAGAAAAUACAUCUUGUAAAUCACUGGUUUCAAAAAUGCAAAAGAGCAAGCUGUGCACUUUUUAUAGGGCGGCAUGUCUGAGCCAUUUCCUAAAGACAUUGUAGACAGAUAUAGCCAUAAAGUGGACACUCAGGGACAUAUAUUCACUGAUCAGAGAGUGGUGUUUAACAUGGAAACCACCCGUGGUCAACCUGAUGACCAGAGGGAAUUGAACCAUCCUCCAUGGCUGUAUAUAUGCAUCAUGGUUUCCACUGACUGUGUAUAUUUGUCUGCAUAGAGCUAGAAAAAGAAAGUCAACAACUGAGAGGCUGCACAUGAAAGACUUUUUUUUAUUCCGCUCCUGCAUUAAUAUACGUUUAUGACCCAAAAAAUAAAAUCACAAUUACAGGUUUAAAAAUGAAACGCAAACAAGUCGAGGAAGCGCAGAGUUUUAGGUCACUUACGUUAAUUUCACAAGCGACCAAAUGAUAUGUCUGUGCUGUGUAUGGAACAUGAAAUCAGAUUCAAUUUGAACCAACAGCAUCCCUAUAUCAUUAGUGAACAUGACAGAUGUGUCCCUCCAAAUAAUAACACACAAACUCCCAGUAUGUCCACAUGCACAGUAUGGAAACCUUUUAUAUAAACUUAAACACAUAUCAUUAAGUUAGAUGCUAUUCAAGAUGUAUUUGUCUAUUUUAGUUGUAAUUUAGUCAUUAAGGCUGACCAUAACUGAGCAUUUAGGGACAGGAGGUAAGGAGACGCCUAAGGGAGCUGGAAUAGUUACUUGUGCACUUGGCUGGACUGCUUGAAAGUUUUUGGUGAAUGUUUUUGGCCUGGCGUGAGUGACUAAUUAAAGUGGAGAUAAUAGUGAAUUAUGAGCAUGUUGGAAGGGAUUAUCUCUUUGUGAUGCCCUUGCCAAGAUUUCUUCAGUUUUUCUCUCCUAAUGAGGUUUCUGUGGGACUUUUUCAUUGUUCUCACUGAGGGUCUGAGAUUUGUGUUCAUUUAAUGUGGGUGUUGUGAAACCCUUUCAGAGUGUAACGAGGGCUUACAAGAACACACUUGAUUUAAGCUUUGACUUUCUCACUCGGAGUGUAUAAAUGUAACCUCUGACUCAUAUAAAUAAACUGACUCAUAACCCAGAAAACAAGAGAAAACCACUCAUCUAGCUUUUCUCUUUUAUGUGGUUGCAGGAAGAAUUGCCACGU